AUGGAUCUAGAACAAUUCCAUUGUCCCAAGUUUAUUUGCCAAAAGGAAUACCCAUAUUGUUUCGACGGAAAUUGUCUUGAUUCAUGCCCUGAAUACACCAUCGGAUACACCAACUCAUGUGUGAUGACAUGUCCGUCUGAAGCAAAGUAUAUCACGGCAGUUUCUUGUGAAGGGGUCUGUUAUUCAGGAUACAAGUUUUGCUCAUCGGAGUGCCCGGUUUCUCACCCAUUUCAGUUCCGUUUAAAUCAUUAUUAUCACUGUUUAAAAGAGUGUCCUUCUUUUACCAUGCAGAAUUCCACCAAAUGUGAAUUGUCGUGCCCCGAUGAUCGACCUUUGCUUUUCAAUAAAACAUGUAGGUCAACGUGUCCUCUUUCAAGUCCUUUUACUUCUCUCAAAACUUCAGUAUUCAAUAAAAUUUAUGUGUGUUCCGAACGUUGCGAUGAUAUGAUGGCCUCUUAUAGAAAUGUUUGCGUUUCUGUUUGUCCAAGCAAGUCGCCGAUGGAAUAUCAUGGAAAAUGUGUAGAAACAUGCCUGAAAGACCGUCCUUUUAUUAACACUACACCAGCAAAAAAAGCAUCUAUAUAUUAUCAGCAGUGUGUUGCGAAGUGUCCACCCGAUAAAUUUCUAUGGCUGAAAAAUAAGAAAUGUGUGACUGAUUGUCCAGCAAAAUCACCGCUUGAAUAUCGCGGAAAAUGUGUAGAAGCGUGUCAGAAAGAUCGUCCUUUUAUUAAUACAGAAGAAAUGACCUCAAAGUAUCAUCAACAAUGUGUUUCGAAAUGCCCGCCUGAUAAACUUGCAUGGAUAAAGAAUAAAAGAUGUGUGAAUAACUGUCUUACCAACACUUUACUAUUCAAUAAAACCUGUGUCGAAGUAUGUCCACAAACAUUUCCUUUAAACUACACAAAGGUAGAGCAUGGAAAACGGGAACAUAUUUGUGUAAAAAAGUGUCCAGGAAAUGCUUAUCAAUACAAAUAUUUCUGCUUUGAUCAAUGUCCAUCUUAUCUGAAAUAUUUCCUGUCAAACUGUACAUUAGAAUGUCCAAAAACAUACCCGUACAUUCAUAUUGACAAUGUCACUUGUGUUCAAUCAUGCCCAGAUCAUUACGUUUAUAAUGGGAAAAGGUGUGCUGAAAAAUGUCCGAGGGAGCACUUCUACAUCGAAAACAAACAGUGUGUUAACGUGUGUUCAAAUAUAUCGGCGCUUCAAAGACAAACAAACCAAGGAAUAGUGUGCUUGAAUUCCUUUUUUUGCCCUAUUGAUACAGUCCUAAUGGAAAACACGACUCAAUGUUAUGGAAGGUGUCCUGAGAGCUUGUUGAUAAUAAACAAUAUUUGUACACACGGCAUUUCAUGUCCAAACAAUACCUAUAAAGAGAAUUUUUCAUUGGGAACAAUGUGUACUAAGAAAUGUUCCGAAAAAUUAUAUAUGGACGUUAACCGAUGUGUAAAAAAUUGUCCUUCCUCUAAAGUGAUAGUAGGACACAGAUGUAGUAAUGAUUGCCCAAAGUCCAAACCAUAUCGAUUGAUAGAUACUAAACAUUUUGGAAAGGCUGUUCGCAAAUGGAUCGUUACGUAUAUGACGGUCGAUGUUAUGAUGUUUGUCCAAAACUCACCUCUCCGAAUAUAG